UGAGCAAAUAAAAAUAUAAAUCUCACUUAUCAGUAACUUACAGAGCUGCAGGCAGGCUGAACUUUAAACCCUGGAGUGAAACACACUUCAGGAGAUAAGGCGACAUAAUUUAUCAGAAGACACCAGGCAAAGCUCAGAAACUCCCUGGGAUAAACCAGGAAACAGUUUGUGUUUCUUCCUGCCUCCAAGAGGAUUCACAGGUGAUCAGAUUCACCGUCGGACCAAACUAAGAGUUUCUUCUGAUUCCAGCAGAGGCGAAAAGUAGAAAACCACAAGAACUAGUGCUUCAAGCUGCUCACUGGAGAUUAAAUGGCUUUGGAGAAACCUUAUGAGAACUUUAAGGAGAGAGCUCAGAAGGCUUCCAGCACGCUCUGUGCUCUGCACAAUGAGGAUUUCAAACUCUUCUGCUUGGACCAUCAGCAGCCUGUGUGUGUUGUCUGUAAAGACUCAAAGAUACACUCCAAACACAGAUUCAGACCCAUCGACGAAGCUGCGCAGGACCACAGGGAGGAUUUGAAAAGAUUCAUGAGGCCCUUAAAGAAGAAGCUGGAGCACCGGAGGAAAGAGAAGAAGAAGUUUGUUGAAACAGCAGAACACAUAAAAGUCCAGGCCAAGCAGACGAAGAGGCAGAUCGUAGAGCAGUUCAGGAAGCUUCACCAGUUCCUAACGGAGGAAGAGGAGUCCAGGCUGGCUGCUGUGAGAGAGGAAGAGGAGCAGAAGGUUGGUGCCAUGCAGCAGAUGGUGAAGGCUCUGAGCAUAGAGGUAGAAGUUAUGUCAGACAUGGUCAGAGCCACCGAGGAGAAACUGGAAAGUGAAGACAUCUCAUUUCUACACAACUACAAGAAAGAAGUGGAACGAGUGCAGAGCUGCCCCCUGUUAGAUGACCCACACAUGCCCUCAGGAGCCCUGAUAGACCAGGCCAAACAUCUCAGCAACCUGGCCUUCAACAUCUGGCACAACAUGAAGGACCUGGUCUCCUACGCGCCCCUCAGUCUGGACCCAAACACUGCUCAUCCAAAACUCAUCCUGUCUGAAGAUCUGACCAGCGUGAGGCUGGAAGAGAAACAGCUGCUUCCCGAUAAUCCGGAGAGGUUCGAUGAUUUAAGCUCGGUUCUGAGUUCUGAGGGCUUCGACUCAGGGAGCCACUCCUGGGACGUGGAGGUCGGACACAGUCUACGCUGGGGCCUCGGUGUGUUGGCAGAGACUGCCCGUAGGAAAGGGAACGUGGACUCUGGGUUGUGGGCCAUUUAUUUAGAUAGAGGGAAAUACACAGCGUGGUCUCCAACGGCUGCACCUACGGAGCUCUUGGUGCUGAAGAAACUCCAGAAGAUCCGAGUGAAUCUGGACUGGAAAAGAGGAAAGCUGUCGUUCUCUAAUCCAGACACUGACACCUACAUUCAUGUCUUCAAACACACGUUCACAGAGAAGAUGUAUCCUUGGGUCAGCCCCUGGGACCAGAUGAAGAUCUUGCCCAUGAAGAUCGCGGUGGCUAAAUGGCAGCUCUAAUGAAAACUCUAGAGAACAGUUUUCUGACUUAACAUUUGUGCCAGUUUCAUCUGGAAGACAGUUUAAUUGUCAUUGUUUCAUAAAUCUGUCGUAACCGUGCCAACCAGGUGUUUCAUCACCCACAGCCUGAUUGAUGAUGUUUGCAGACUUUGUUUUCUUCUAGAUUUGCCUUCAGUCCAAAACAAAAGACCUUCCUGUUUGUCGUCACUCAGACCAGGUCAUGUGCAGGAAAUGUGUCACAGCUUUUAUGUAGUUCUUAUUGUUAGAAUAAAAGAAAAGUGGGAUUUUUUAUUAUUCUUAAAAUUCCACUUUUCUUUCCUUUCAACUCUUAAGGGCACAGUGACCUGGAGAAUCUUCACACCAACACUUUAACUCUGGACUUCAAAGAGAAAAAAGGGAGAAAACUGAGAAAGUACAAAUGAAAUUUGGAGAUUUAAGAAGAAAUUAAAUAACUAACAAAUGCAUUGUUAUGUUUUGUUUUGGUCUGACAAAACCAUCCUUUAACAGACUUUGCACCACUUUAAGGUCCUUGCAUAAAAACAUUUUAAGCAAUUUGGGAAUUUAGUUUUUUCUGCUAGCUGGAAAAUUUUGUGUUUGAGAAAACAUUUUGAUUCCUUAAGAUAUUAACUAUAUCAGCCUCAUACUUAGUCUUGUUAUGGAAUUAAACCAUAAAUCAUAGCAUAUCACUAACAAAUGUUUUGUUCAAUAAUUUCCGGUUUAGAUCUGAUUGUGACCUUUUUUCAGGUGGAUUUUCAUGACAUUUAUAUGAUUGGUAGAAACAAUAAAAUUUCUGUAUUUUUGCUGCAAUAAUUAUCAUUUAAUUCUAAAUAAAUUUUUAUCUUUCCACUACUUUA